AUGUCGAGCACUCUGGAGGGUCUGCCGACCGAGGUGAAGCAGCAUAUUUUUGCGUAUCUCCCCAACCCUCGUGCGCUCGGAUGCCUUCCGAUAUGCUCGCGCAGCCUCCACGCUUUUUUUCAGGAGGACCGAUACGUUGCCACCAAGAUCCUUCGAAACCGAAUCCAUGACGUCGUUCUGCCGGAAGCAACCCUCGCGUACGAGACCGCUGCCAUCAAGGAACUUGAUCCACGCACAUCUGGCGCCAGAGAUAACCGGGACGAAAAGCCGAAGUUGUGGAAGCUUCCAGAUGUGCGUCGCAUGUGGCGCUUCCACGAGAUGGUAGAGUCGCUGGCUCGGGCUUUUACAUUGCAUGAACGUAAUGAGGACGGCCCCAACUCGCUUCACGUCCCUGGUCCGAUCACCGAAGCAGCAUAUAACUCCGAGGUACGGUACGCAGAGAGGUCGCUCUACCGUCAGGAGCAGUUCCGCAACCUCUUUCAUCGGGACGACAAAAUGCGGCAGCUGUGGAAUGAGGGCACCCUAGCAUCCAUGUUCCUCAGCAAAUUUCCUGUCCAAGAAAGCAAAGAGGUUGCCCUUGCCCGCAUAUACCAUGAACUAAGUAAAGAGUACGGCGGUGUCUUUAGUCCUCCACUUGAGAUUCACGCAAGACUCGUAUUGCCCUGCGGUACGAAUUGGAGCAACCAGAUUCGCAUAUACCUGGAGCGAUACGCUGACCGAAACGAAUCCGCCACUAUGCUCCUCAAGCGCAAGCGUUCCGAGUCUGAGCUCUCCUUCUCGUCUUCGUCAAGCGCCUUCAGCUCGCCGCCACGAAACGAGGCUGCAUUCACCUUCUCCAAUACGGACACAUCACCACUACGGUUCUUGUCAUCAGCACGAUCACGGGGUAGUUCGACAACGCCCGCCCACCUCCCGAGCCGCACCAUGAAGCGUUUUCGCGACAACCGCCCGUCGGAUGACGAAAUCCAUCAACGGACUCUCAACAUGUUAUACACGGCGCAGCGCCAGCAGAUCCAGCACGACACCCACGCGGAAGGAACAAGUGCGUUCGCGACACAACCCGUCUCGGUUCAGCCCGCGGCCGCCACACCGCCAUCACAGGCCCAGGCCUCCCUCCAUAGCUUCUGGAAGUUGCCGGGCACGUCCGCAUCUGCCCAGUCGGCCCUCGAUAUCGAUCGAACUGUCUACGCUCCCUCUAGUUGCGAGGACUGCGGACUAUCUCUAUCUGGUACCGACAGGAACAAUGCGGGCGACGACUCGAUGGAUGUGGACACCGAUGUGGAUUGCGGUGCCUGUGGCAAACACGUGUGCUCGCACUGCUCGAUCACGAACCUGGGCGAGCGGCGACGAUGUCUAAAUUGUGCCGGGAGAAAGGUGUGGGUUGGAUAA